AUGACGGACGUUUCCAACAAUCCUACACUCGACCAGUCCAAAUGGGAAUUCAGCUGUGACUUGGAAGUGAAUUUUCAAUCCGAGAGAAAAGCAAAUAUUGUCUGCUCAUCAUUGGCUGUGGAUAAGGAGUUGCAGCCUGACAAAGUGAAACGAGAAAUGUCUGUAGCCGAUGGAAAGCUUUUUGUGCAUUUCAAGGCGACAGAGGCAAGAUUUUUGAGGGCUUCAUUCAGUGCUUUUGUUGACGUUCUUACACUUGCGACGAAGACAAUUGAAGAAUUCGGUCAAGGGAUGGAAUUGUGA